UCGCAUUAUUUUUACAUGGAGCGGAUGUUAAUGUAUUCUAGUGAAAUAUAUGAAAUAUCCAAGUGGCCAGUCCCUCUGGUUUACGAUGAUUUAUUCUCAAAUUGGAAAAAAUUUGCAGUGUCGUCAAGGUCAGUAGAUAAAACCUUUGGAGGGGAGAAGUGGCUAGCCGGGCCGACCGAACGGAGCCAGUGCCGGCCUGAAAACAUGCUUGUUCUGUUGCUAAUGCUCAGCUGCGCGUCUGGCCACCUCCUCGACACGCGGUUGGGCCUGCUGAACGGACGCGAGACGCGGUCGAGGGACGGCAGGAAGUACACCGCCUUCACUGGCGUGCCCUAUGCCAAGCCUCCCACCGGCGGGCUUAGACUUAAGAAUCCGGAGCCGGUGGAACCUUGGGGCGUGAGGAAUGCGACCGACCCUUCGCCUUUGUGCCCCCAGACUGAUGGGUUCUUCAAUUUUCCAGGCGUGGAGCCUAAAGUUAUCGGCCAGGAGGACUGCCUCUACCUCAACGUCUACACGCCAGAGACUGCACGUAAAUUUCCCGUUCUGGUUCAUAUUCACGGCGGUGCUUUCCGGAUGGGCAACCCAGGCCCGAGAGACAUGGCAGACUAUUUUAUGGACGAGGACGUCGUACUCGUGACUAUCAACUACCGACUAGGCGUUCUCGGAUUUUUAAGCACGGAGGACGGCGAAGUAACGGGCAACUUCGGCCUCAAGGACCAGUCGAUGGCCAUUAGGUGGGUUAGCGAGAACAUCGCCGCUUUCGGAGGCGACCCGUCGAAGAUCACCGUGUUUGGCGAGAGUGCCGGCGGUGCCAGCGCCCACUACCAACUCUACUCCGAGUUGACCGAAGACCUGGUCAAAGGUGCUAUCUCCCAGAGUGGUGCCGUGAACCGCGUCUGGUCCCUCGCCGAGCACGGCCUCGCCAGGUCCAGGGCGUACCUGCUGGCCGAAAAGGCCGGAUGCCGCGGAGCCCAGGUGGCCGAAUGCCUUCGCAAAGUCGACUUCGAAAAGCUCGUCCUCCUCGGUGACAACCUCUUCACCUACUGGGACAUGGACGACACCUGCCCUUAUCGUCCAGUUGUCGAGGCAGCCCUGCCGGGGGCUUUCCUAACCCGCGACCCCUCACAAACGAAACUCGUCAAGCCCUGGCUCACUGGCUUCACGUCUGGAGAAGGGCAACUGAAAACCAUAGUUCUCACUUGGAAGCCUGCCUCCGUCUGGGAGGAGUUUCUGAAAAGAAUGGACGAGAUUAUUCCCUUGAAUUUGAACAUGGAUCCGGACAGAACGUCGACAAAGGAAGCCUUGAAGAAAAUCAAGUCCAGGUACUUCUCAAAGGAAGACACCAAGGAUUUAAUGGAUGGUUAUGAGCAGUAUUUUGCAGACGUUGUUUUCAUCUACCCGGCCGUCAAGUCAGCAAGAGAGCACAAAGGGCCGGUGUAUUUGUACCAGUUGGAACACAGGUGUGAGGGCACAGUGCUAGAUAUGAUCGCUAAAUUCAACAACACAAGGCCGAACCACGUCGACGAGAUAUUCCUACUUUUCAACAUGAAGACAAAGCAAGGGCUUAAAGGGACCGAUGUAGACUACACGCUGUCGAAAGCUACUGUCAAACUUUGGGUCAAUUUUGCCAGCGAACAGAACCCAACACCCCCGGGAUAUGGAGUCGUAUGGCCUCGCUACGACACAACAGGGAAGUAUCUGAGGAUAAAGGAAGGCUUUCCUGUUGGCGACGACCCCUGGGAUGACACCAUGGCCUUCUGGGACGAUGUACUGAAUUCGCACAGUGCCAAAGAAGAACUGUAGACGCCAUAAAUGUAAACGAACAAAUAAGUUCAAAUAUAUUUUACCUUAGAAAAUUUA